GUUGCUCUGUCUCAUCAGUAUUCCUUUCCACAGCCAAGAUGACCGCGAGCACCGACACACCACGAGUUGCGGAAGCAAAUCCGCCCACGAAGGCCUCCGAUGGCGAGAAGUCGCAGGAGACCUCUGUCGAGAAAUCCCAGGAGGAGACGUCUGUCGAGAAGUCCCAAGAGGCUUCUGGUGACAAUGCCACCCCGGAUCCGAACGCCCAUCACACUUCAGGAUCUCGUCUGGCGUUGAUCAUGACGGCGAUUCUGUUGUCCAUGUUCCUUGUCGCCCUGGACCGUACAAUUAUCGCAACCGCUGUUCCGCGCAUCGCAAAUCAGUUCCGCGCCUUGAACGACAUUGGCUGGUACGCGGGCGCCUACCUGAUCACCAGCGCUGCCACUCAACUGCUGUGGGGGCGCAUCUAUACUUUCUACAACACCAAGCUCGUUUUCAUCAUCGCAGUCGUGAUCUUCGAGGUUGGCUCUGCGCUCUGCGGCGGAGCUCCCAAUUCCGACGCGUUCAUUGUCGGCCGCGCAAUCGCAGGCAGUGGAUCGGCGGGCAUUUUCUCCGGUGCGACUGUCAUCAUCACCCAGAUCAUUCCUCUGGCGAAACGACCCAUGUAUAUCGGCUUUAUGGGCUCGACCUUUGGCGUUGCCUCGAUCGCCGGGCCCCUCGUGGGAGGUGCAUUCACCGAUCGAGUGACCUGGAGAUGGUGUUUCUACAUCAAUCUUCCCAUCGGCGGGUUUACCCUGGCGAUUAUCCUGCUCUUCCUCCGUGUCCCCCCAGUCACGAACACCGAGCCGUUGUCUCGCCAGUUGAUCCGUCUCGACCCGCUGGGAACCCUUAUGUUCUUGCCGGGAAUCAUCUGUUUCCUGCUCGCUCUCCAGUGGGGCGGCAACGACUACUCCUGGCAAAACGCCCGGAUCAUCGCGCUGUUCGUGCUGGCCGGCGUGCUCAUCAUCGCGUUCGCCAUCAUCCAGCUCUGGCGGCAGGAAGACGCGACUAUUCCCCCGCGCCUCAUCCGCCAACGCAGCGUCUCCUGCGGCGCCAUCUUCGCCCUCUGCAUCGGAGGCGGCAUGAUUUCCAUGCUCUACAACCUGGCACUGUGGUUCCAAGCCACGAAGGGCACCAGCGCCGUCCAGGCCGGUAUUGACACCAUCCCCGUCGUGCUGUCCCUUGUGGUCGGCUCCAUCUUGUCCGGCAUCCUGAUCUCCCGCACGGGAUACUACGUCCCCUUCAUGUACCUCUCGACCAUCCUGACGUCUGUGGGCUCGGGCCUGAUCACCUCCUUUACCCCAUCCACCGGCCACCCCAAGUGGAUCGGGUACCAGGUGCUGUACGGCCUGGGCCUCGGUGUCGGCAUGCAACAGCCCAGCAUGGCCGCGCAGACGGUCCUGCAGUGGAAAGACGUCUCGACCGGCGUGUCCAUCAUGUUCUUCAUGCAGUCGCUGGGUGGCUCGAUCUUCAACUGCAUCAGCCAGUCGCUAUUUACGAACUACAUUCGCGCGCACGUCGCCGGCAUCCCGGGUCUGGAUGCCGAGAAAGUCCUGGCCACGGGUGCGGCCGAGUUGUCCAAGAAUGUCCCUGCAGACAAGUUGCCGCAGGUGGUGGAUAUUUAUAACGAGGGCCUACGGAGAGCGUUCAUCGUCACGCUUGCCGUGUCCUGUCUGACUGUUUUGCCGGCCCUGGGUAUGGAGUGGCGGUCGGUUAAGGCGAAGCAAAAGCCGGAACCGGCGAAGGAAGAGCCCCAACCAGAUACUAAAGGUGAUGAGGCCUGAUUUGGCUGUCAGUCUCGAAUGACGACAUUGGUUACUAAAGAAUGAGCGGGGGGACUAAUGGUUGUUUAAAAGUUUCAAGGGCGGCGAUUUAUUUCUUUAUACGAUUCUGGGACGAUUUGCGGGCGAGAGAAGGGAGGAAAAGAAAUACCCCGUUUGGAUCAUAAAAUGAAGCAAGGG